AUGUUACGGUUCUCUAAAUACUUGUUCAAUCAAAUGUGUACGAGCAAAGCACGCCUUGAUGGUAAAACUAUUAUAAUAACAGGAGCAGGUAAAGGUCUUGGGAAAGAAACUGCCAGAGAUUUAUACGCAAGAGGCGCUAGAGUAAUUCUGGCUUGUAGAAGUAUGGAAAGGGCAAAUAAAGCAGUUGAAGACAUAAAAAAUAAUCCACCUUCAAGAAUCAAUAAAGAUGAAUAUAAAAAUAACGCAGGAGAACUUGCGAUUUGUUCUCUGGAUCUAUGUAGCUUGAAGAGCGUAAAGGAUUGCGCAAAAAAUUUGCUGACGAACGAAGCAGCUAUUCAUAUGCUUAUAAAUAAUGCCGGUAUAGGAGCAUCGUUUUCUCUAGAGAAGACAGAGGACGGGAAUGAAAUGACACUGCAAGUCAACCAUCUCAGCCAUUUUCUUUUGACACUUCUGCUAUUGCCAAAAAUGCAAUUGUCUUCUCCCAAUUGCAAAAUAAUCAAUGUCUCGUCAAAUGCACAUAUGUUUGCUGACAUAGAUUUCGAUGAUAUUAACCUGGAGAGAUCUUAUACACCAUUUAAAAGUUAUGCACGAAGCAAACUAGCAAACAUCCUGUUCACAAAGGAAUUAACUAAUCGAUUGAGAAAGGCAAAUAUUCACGGAAUAAACACAUACUGUUUACAUCCUGGUGUUAUACAAACCGAAAUAUGGGAUCAUGUCAGAAACACAAUGUUUCCGGGUGCAAACUUUGUUUUUAGUGUAUUUGGGCCAUUUCUUUAUAAAAAGAAUAUUGAACAAGGAGUGCAAACGACAAUAUAUUGUUCGGUAGAUGAAAAGACAGUUAAUGAUACCGGUCUUUAUUAUUCAAAUUGCAAUGUAGCUACUUCAUCUCGAAAUGCAAACAAUCGUCAAUAUGCUAUAAAAUUGUGGAAUACAUCCUGUCAUCUUUUACAUCUGGAACCAGAAGAAGAUUUUACCAGAUUUUUGGAAACCGUUUCACGUCAAAUAAUUGCUCGUGAUUCGCGUUGUGAAAAUCAACAUUUUUUAAUAGCAUCUUUUACGGCAAAGAUCUUUAAUAAUACUGAAAGAUUAAUAGCGUUUUCCACUGAGAGAACCAGUGCAACGUUAAUCAAAAAGGACUAUAAAAUGUGGUUUCUCAAUAAAACAUGUACAAGCAAAACACGUCUUGAUGGCAAAACUGUUGUGAUAACCGGAGCGAGUGGUGGUAUCGGCAAAGAGACUGCUAGAGAUUUAUACGCGAGAGGUGCUAGAGUAAUUCUGGCUUGUAGAAAUAUGGAAAAGGCAAAUAAAGCAGUUGAAGAUAUAAAAAAUAAUCCUAAACUUUCGAGAUUCGAGAAAAGUAAAUAUAAAAAUAACGUUGGUGAGCUUGCGAUUUACUUUCUGGAUCUACGUAGUUUAAAAAACGUAAGAGAUUGCGCUAAAAAUUUGCUAACAAACGAAGCAGCUAUUCACAUACUUGUAAAUAAUGCCGGUGUGGCUACAUAUCCAAAUAAGAAAACGGAGGAUGGGAAUCAGACGACAUUACAAGUCAACCACCUUGGUCAUUUUCUUUUGACACUUCUAUUAUUGCCAAAAAUGCAGAAGUCUUCUCCCAAUUGCAGAAUAAUCAAUGUCUCAUCAAUUGUACAUAUGUUUGCUGAUAUAGACUUCGAUGAUAUUAAUUUGGAGAGAUCUUACAGGCCGAUCAGAAGUUAUGCACAAUCCAAAUUAGCGAACAUUUUGUUUACCAAGGAACUCGCUCGUCGAUUGAAAACAGCUAACAUCCACGGAAUAAACGUAUAUUCUUUACAUCCUGGUCUUAUACCAACUGACAUAUCACGGUAUAGUAGUAAUACAAUAUUUCCAGGUGCAACUCUUUGUUACACUUUAUUUGCGCAAUUGUUUUAUAAAAAUGCUGAACAAGGAGCGCAAACAACAAUAUAUUGUUGCAUAGAUGAAGAGGUAGCCAAUGAGACUGGACUUUAUUACUCAAAUUGCGGUGUUACCACCCCAUAUCGAAAAGCAAACAAACAUCAAUAUCCCGAAAAAUUGUGGAAUGUAUCCUGUCGACUUUUGCAUUUGGAACCUGAAGAAGAUUUUACUACAUUUUUGGAAACUGUUUCACGUCAAAUGCUUUAA